AUGAACAACAACAUGAAUAACACAACGUAUGGUGAAGAGGGAGCUUUGUCAUGUGGCUAUCCGAGCGUUUCUCUCUUACAGCAAACAAUCAGAGCAGGAAGUGUUCUUCUAGUGUUGAUUUGCUCACUUGUGGGAAACAUUUUUGUUCUGCGCGUCGUCAGGAAAAACAUCAAGUUGCACUCUGUGACCCAUUACCUCAUUGUUAACUUAGCAGUCGCGGAUCUUUUGAUAACAGUCUUUAACAUGACUGAGUUGUUUAAAAUCGAAGUGACUGGAAGUGAACAAACGUUCGGUGGCGUUGCUGGUGAGGUUUACUGCAUCGGAAGCAUUGUCAUAUUUAACCUUUCCGUUGCCUGCUCCAUUCUCUCUUUGUCGGCGAUUUCAAUUGAGAGAUUUUGCUCGAUCAUAUUUCCGUUCAAAAGAAUCAUUACACUCCCACGUGCAAAAGGGAUGUUGGUAACCAUCUGGGUUUUCUCCUUUCUCAUCACAAUCCCUUUUUUCUUCAAUAUGAAAACUGAAGACUAUUACGGUGAUGGAGUGUUCUACUGCAUCGAGGACUGGUCCCCUCUUGAUUCAGAAAAAGCUGCCCAAGUGUUUCAGGUUAUAUUCUUCCUAUUGAUGUACGCAUGCCCACUCACUGUCAUCUUAGUACUGUACUUAAUUAUUGGAGUUAAUUUGUGGAGGCGCCAAGUGAGUGUGAAAGCCUCUUUAGGAAAUUCUCAGAGGCGAACACGCAUGACAGUACAAGUAAUCAAAAUGCUUGUCACCAGUGUCGUGGCCUUUGCAUUAUGUUGGCUUCCCCAACACGUUGCACUGUUCAUUGGUUAUUUCAGGCUAGACAUAUGUCCCCCUGAGUUUUUAUGGUUUGGAGGACAAAUACUUGGGUAUGCAAACAGCAUGAUGAACCCAAUCAUCUACAUUGCUUUUCAUUCAGAGUAUAGAAAGGAGUUCAAAGUUGUCCUUGCGAGGUUUUUCCCUAUUUGUCGUGGACAUCGUAAAGGUGCAACAACUAUAAACCUACAGAAACAGAACAACCCUGUAGAGCUGGGCAUGGUUAGUGUUUUAUCGUUUAAAGUGAGGCUUAGUGAUGGACUCCGAUCUGAAUUUAGCGAUGUUAACUCUAACAGUCCCUUCAAAGGGAGCAGAGAAAAUCAAGCUUUGAAUAGAAUUGAGUAA